AUGGACCAUUCAGACGUCCUGACCAAGAUUCUGGCGGGUGGUGUUGCGGGGGUUUCAGAAACGCUCGUCACUUAUCCCGCGGAAUUCGUAAAGACCCGCCGGCAACUGCACUCCAAAACCGGCGAUGCGCCGCCGAGCUCCCUCUCCAUCCUCCGCGAGACCAUCCGCCGCUCCGGCGUGAAGGGGGUUUACUCCGGCGUGCAGGCCCUCGCGGCUUCCAAUGCGGCAAAGUCGGGAAUUCGGUUCCUCGCUUUCGAGACUACGCGCGCGAGGCUCGAUGACUUGACUAACACGGAUCCGAAGGCUGGAAGGCCGAGGAAGGCGUGGGUCAAUGUUGUCAGCGGACUUAGUGCUGGCGUCGCGGAGAGCAUCGCCGUCGUUACCCCGGGGGAGGCGAUCAAGACGAAGAUGAUCCAUGACGCUUCUUCCUCUGGCGGACGAUUCGCGAAUCGCGGUUUGGUCGGAGCCGUGGGUGUGCUCGUCCGAGAGGAGGGCGUGAGGGGGCUGUGGAGCGGGUUGACGCCGGUGCUGUGCAAACAAGGCACCAACAGUGCAGUUCGCUUCACGACUUUUGCGAUGCUGCAGGAGAGAGUCGCGGCUUGGUGGCCCAGUCUCGACGGAAGCGUGGGUAGCACGCUGAUUCUAGGCGGGAUCAGUGGUGUUUUUACAGUAUACGCGUCAAUGCCCUUUGAUAACAUCAAGACGAGGAUGCAGGCUGUUGACGCGAAAUACAAGAGUAUGUUGGACUGCGCAGCACACCUUGUCCGAAACGACGGUGUGCUGGCGUUUUGGAGAGGGACUUCGCCCAGAUUGGUCCGACUGACGCUGUCGAGUGGUAUCACUUUUACGGUGUACGACCAAGUCGUCCGCCUCAUCAAGUCGACCCGGGUCGGUGGUUCUAAAGGCGACUUACAGCGUGUGUGA